CUCAACAUGGAGGAACACGUCCACUUCCUGAUGUUCAAAUAAUGCUGAAGAUACGAAAGUCUCCUUCAUGAAAUGACUCUUUCAGAACAUUCUAAAAUCUGACUGACUGACAUAAAGCGAUAAAACAGAGGAGGAUGAAAAAACAGAGCUGUAAGAAGAGACAGCAGACGGGGUCGUCCUCCCAUUCUAAGAAGAAGAAACAAGUCAAGAAACAAAACUCCCCCAAAUCAUCUUCAGGACAAAAAAACACACAAAACAAAUAUCAACUUCCUGUUACAUGUGGCUAUAAAGAGGGUGUCCUGCAUUUGAAAAAAUAUUAUGAUAAGCAGAAAUGCAUCUUCAGUGAGGAACAAUGGUUCAAGCCCACUGAGUUUGAGAGGUUUGGAAUGAAGGAGAAGAACAAAAAGUGGAGGACCAGCAUCCUUUGCAGUGGGAUUCCACUCCAGAAACUCAUAGAGGAUGGAUUUCUUUCAGUUACAACCUUUAAAAAGAGCAGUGUUCAGGAUGCAAAGAAGAGAAAAAGCUAUGAGGGUUUGCAAAAACAAGAAUCACAUGAAAAGAUCGAAGACAAUAAAGACGACGAUGAUGAGGACGACGCUAUUGACAUGAGCAUGUUUGAAGGUCCAGUCUUACCUGUUACAUGUGGAUCUGAUUCUGGCAUUCUACACAAAUAUCGAUUUUCCACAGGGUGUUGUAGGAGAUGCAUAAGAACUGAGAACUUCUGGCUGACACCUGAGGAUUUCAUCAGAUUGAACAAACCAGAUGGAACAUGGAAGAAAGACAUUGUGUCCCAUGGAAUGCCUCUUGGGAAGCUUAUAAAGAAAAGAGUUUUGGAACCACAUGCAGUCAACUGUGAUUGUGAGAUCUGCCAAGAACCGGAUCAGAACCAACUGAAUGAUGACGUGUGUUUCGUGUGUAACUCUGACGGAGAGCUUGUGUGUUGUGACGAGUGUCCACGAGCUUUUCAUUCACGCUGUCACCUACCAGCUCCAGACGGAGACUCACAUGGAAGCCAGUGGAGCUGCACAUUUUGUGUGAUGAAGAAGAUGGACAGUUCUAGUCAAAGAACCCAACAGGAUGUUUUGAGCAGUCCAGUCUCUCAGUACACACUGCACUGCCAGUACCUGCUGUUACACCUGCUACGUGAGAGCAAGACUGACCUGUGUGCCAAUGCUCCAGGAUACAGUGAGAACAUCUGUGGUCCCAUGAUGCUGGGCAGAGUGAGAAUGAACUUGGAGAAUAAUGACUAUCAAACAGUGCAAGAGUUUAUCACAGCGAUUGAAUAUGUUUUCCACCACUGCACCGCCAACAGGGAUAAUGACUUCAGUAGAAUGACCUUUAGGCUCAAGGAACUGUUUGAAACAGUCUUUAAGCCCCUGUAACAUCACAACCUUAAAAAAAAGUCCUUUAUUAGAAUUUAUGAUGACAUUUGUGAGUAUUGUACAGAAAUGAUAAAUUAAGGAAAAUAUAUUUAGACAACAUUAUAAUGGUGUUCAGUUAUAAACAAUUAUUUGCAGUGUAUUCAACUCACCACCUUUUAAUAAAAAGGUUUUAAUUCUGA